UCAGAUUCCGCCAUUCUCAACCCUCCUCUGUUUCUCUUCCUUCCCGUUUCCCUCUCUCUCUCUCUCUCUGUUUGUUUCCCGAGAAAAUUUUCUGAAGAAAGAGGAAAAAGAAAAAACAUGACUGAAGUACUCAGUGAAGAACAGAUCGUGGAGUUCAAGGAAGCCUUUUGUCUGUUCGACAAGGACGGCGAUGGUUGCAUUACUAUUGAGGAAUUGGCGACGGUGAUCCGAUCGUUGGAUCAGAAUCCGACGGAGGAAGAGCUUCAGGAUAUGAUCAAGGAAGUCGAUGUCGACGGCAAUGGAACUAUCGAAUUUGCUGAGUUCCUCAAUUUAAUGGCCAAGAAAAUUAAGGAAACCGAUGCGGAAGAAGAGCUGAAAGAGGCUUUCAAAGUGUUCGACAAAGAUCAAAACGGAUACAUCUCAGCCACCGAGCUGAGGCACGUGAUGAUCAACCUCGGGGAGAAGCUGACAGACGAUGAAGUGGAGCAAAUGAUCAAAGAGGCCGAUCUUGACGGUGAUGGUCAAGUCAACUUUGAAGAAUUCGUCAAGAUGAUGAUGGCCGUUGGAUGAUUGUUUCAAAAACUUGCUUUUUAAAAUCAACAGUCCCAAAAAAGUAUGGGAUUUACUCAAUUACUCAAUUUCAUUUAUUUUCAUAUACUUUCAUUUAUUUCCUGCUUUUUUCUUUUACGUAAUUAUCAUUUAAUUUGUAGCCUUCUUUUCCCUUUUACUCCCAACUUGUUCAUUAAUGUAAGCAGUGAGCACCACUUUAUUCUUAAAUAACCAUUUUUACUGUUCAUCUC